CACUGAUAACUCCACUAAAGGCGAAGAGCAAAAAAACACCCAGUGCUUUACCCACUUUCACUAAGAACCCAAACAAACCCCUUUCCCGAGGCUCUCCGCUCCCUUACCGUCUCAGCACACACACCAAUGGACCACAAGCCUUCAGAUGCUGCUGCUGCAGAGGGAAGCCUGGAGGAGGAGAGCUGCUCAGCUUCAUGCUCUGGGGCCUCUGGAGGCUACAGCUCCAAAGUGGAAGCCCAGUUAACGGACGCUGUGCGGUUAAAAACAGAGGGGAAUGCGUUUUAUCGUGAGAAGAACAUGCGUCCCGCAAUUGGACGUUAUCAUCGUGCCUUGCUUAUACUUCGUGGCCUUGACUCAGAUGUGACAUCAUCCCUGAAAGGGUUUGGGCCCCAGUUACCGCCCCUCACCCCAGAGCAAGAAGAUCUUCUCAGGAGCACACAGAUAGACUGCUAUAACAACCUAGCAGCAUGCUUACUGCAGCGAGAAGUUGUAGACUAUGCACGUGUGCAGGAGUACAGUCUAAAGGUGCUGCACUGGAGGCCUGGAGAUGUUAAAGCCCUGUACAGAGCUGGAGUGGCCACACUGGAGCUGGGUGAUGCUCAAACUGCACGUCAGUACCUCCUCCAGGCCAGCAGAGGGAAACCUAAUGAUGCUAAUGUAAAGAAACAGCUCCAGCGAGUGGAUGAGAGGCUCAGCAAAGACUACCAGAAGGAGAAGGCCCUCUACAAAGGCAUGUUCAGCAAGCAGAAACAAGGAGAAGAGGAAGAAGCAAAUGGGAAUCCCCAAAAAGAACCAUGAAGAGCUCUGAAGGUGUGUUCUUAAUAAAAGAAAUAGGAAGACAACAGAUAGGAUUAAAGAGGUGAAUGUUUACCAAAAUAAUUCUCGGGUAUAUGUUGCCCUGUGGUAUGGAAAUCAAGCCAAGAUUGAAUGUGAAAGAGAGUGGACUGUACUGAGAGGCAGUUUGGAUGGUAACUGCACUAGCUAAAGGCCUUUUAGUCCACUGAUUAUGGCUUCAACUGUUAUCAGUCUGGUUCUAUUCAGGAGGAUGUUUCUUAUGUGUUUAAGUUUUGUCUGCAGAUGAAAGGUUGUUCUGACUCUUUUUUUUUUCAUUUGUAUAAUAAAUAUUUUUUGGUCCCUUUA